CCAUUCUCUCCUUCUAUCUGUCAUAAGUAUUCUUCUUUCUCAGUCGACGAGGAAGGGAAGGGCUUAAUAUUUCUUUUUCAAAUGGUAAACGUUGGGACGACGUGACAGAGGUGUUUGUGUGUUCCAGGACUAUCAUGGGACCUCACGGCAUCAACCGGGCCAUCGAGAGAUUGGAGUUCUGUGACUGCAAGAAAGGACUGGGGUUGAAAAUCAUAGGUGGCUACAGAGAUCAAACACGGGAAGAGUUUGGGAUCUUCAUCAAGCGGGUGUUACCGGGAGGUCUGGCUGCUCAGGAUGGACGGCUUAGAACGGGCGACCUCGUUUUGGAAGUCAAUAAUAUGAGUUUAGGAGGACGAGUAACCAACGAGAGGGCGGUUGAUAUCCUCCGAUCAGCGUCAGCCUCCAAUCACAUGUCUCUGAUGGUUGCCAGGGACGAUGAAAGCAGGCGGGAGUUCAUAGAGUUGAUGAAUAAGUAUGGUUCUCAAAGCAGUUUUAAAGGAAGCUCAGGGAGAGUCUCCCCUACACAGCUUUCUACAGGAGGCAAGACAGACACGGCCUCCUCCUCUUCCUCCUCCAGAUCUACCAGUCCCACCAGCCAGCUCCUCAGCCCUAAAGAGGGGGUCACAGGACCCCCUUACACCCCUGGACCCCUCUAUACCACUGGGCCCCCCUACACAUCGAAACCUAACACAACCCCUACACAGCACGUCUUCAACAACAUCAUUCAGUUGAUAUGCAUCUCAAAGGGAACAGGCCUGGGCCUCAUCAUAAAAGGCGGAGCUAACCGAGCCGAGGGACCAAUGGUGUUGAUUCAGGAAAUAAUACCCGGAGGAGACUGCCAGAGGGACGGUAGACUACAGCCAGGAGAUCAGCUGGUGUCGAUUAAUAAGGAGUCGUUAGUUGGAGUUACCUAUGAGGAGGCUAGAAGUAUCCUGACACGCACCAAACUCAGACCAGACCCUACGGUGGAGAUAGCGUUUAUGAGACACAGGUCUUCCUCCAGCUCUGCUUCCUCCAGCAGUGGCCCCCAGAGCCCUAUCACCCCCCAGGGCCCAGUCAGCGGAGCCCCCGCAGUGCCCCCCAUCAGGAGAGAGACCAUGGCUGUGCUGGGGGCCCUGCCUCCCCCUGCAUCACUGCUCCAGCACAGGAGAACCACACUCCCUGCAGCCCUCCCUGGGGUUCCCCUGGUGGUGCCCAAGAUCACCUCCACCCCCAACCCCGCCAGCGAGACUCUACCAUCUGUCAACCUUAGCCAAGUUCGAAUGAGAUCAGAACAGACGUGUGUCUCCUCCCCCCGUCAGAGUCCCAGCACCACAGAUGCCAAGCCUGAAUCCUACCCUGCCUGUCAGCCAAACAGCAUCCAGCACACACCACACAGGAAGUGCUCCCUCAGCUCCAUCAGUCGCCUCAAACUGGAGAGGCUGGAGCAGGCUCUGGAUGCAUUAGGACUGAAUCCUACGGAGGCACAGAGACAGACGUUGAGGGCCAGACUGCGAACAGACCCUGCUGGGACCGUGGCCUACGCAGACUUUGAGACACUGACACGGGAGCUGUUCAAGCUUCAGUUUGAGGAGUCAUUGGUCGGAGGUCAAGGCUCCAGGUUCGUGUCAGAUGACCUCUCCAGUCUCCUAGAGUCACCUACCAACACGCCUUCACUGUCUGACUCUGAUGACCUGGAGGAGAUGGAGAGACUGAGGAAAGACCACAUCGAGGCUCUGAGAGAGAUCAAGAAACUACAGGAGCAGUUGGCAGAGUCAGAGAGACAUCACCUGCAGAUGCAGGAAGAGCUGAACAUGGUCAAACAGGAGGUAAAGUCUGGGACAGAUGAGAGCCGUGCUCUGCGGAGCCGGAUCCACCUGGCUGUAGCAGCCCAGAAGCAGGCCAGGGGGAUGGAGAUGGAUUAUGAGGAGGUGAUCCAUCUCCUGGAGGCUGAGAUAGCCGAGCUCAAGGCCCAGAGGAACGAACAGCAGCAGCCCGGCCAGGCUAAGGAUGAGGUGGAGGAGCUGAAGAAGAGAGUGGCCGUUCUGGAGUGUCAACUACGUAAGAACAAAGGGGACAAAAAGGGCUUUGAGGUGUCCAUGGGAAAACUGCUCAACUUCGUGGAGAAUGUUCAAGACUUCCUCAUUGAAAACCAUGGUCCCGUGAAGAGCUGUAGCUCUGGUGACAUGAAGCCCGACGCUUCCUCUCAACCCCUGGGAGCCCGCGUGGGGAAGAAGUCCCAGUGGACGACGGCUAUGCUAGCUGCAGAGGCUAAAGAACUCACACGAACUGUUAGAGCCAUCCUCGAGGUGGGCUGUAAGUGAUCUAUCAUCUUGACUCGUCGUGUUACGAGUCGACUUGCUGCGAGUCGACUUGCUGCAUGCCUGCAUAUCGUCUCUAUCCCUGGCCUAGCAUGCAAAUCCAAUCAGCUCAACAAUUACCACCGUAGUUUUGAAACCAACCUAAACUAACUGGAUAACAGGCACCAAACCAACCAAAUCACCUCAAUAGUUACUAUGCCAACCAAAACCAACCGCAUAACCGACAUCAAACCACCUAGUUGCUAAGCCAAGUAAAACCAACCGGAUAACCAAAACCAAUCAGCUCAUCAUACACCAAGCCAACCUCCAUAGUUACCAAGCCAACCAAAACCAACUGGAAAACCGACACCAACCCACCUCUGUAGUUACUAUAAAUAAUCUCAAUAGUUGUUUUUUUAGUGGAGCAGCCUGUAAGGAAAUGAAUGAAAUCCUUGCACUGGAGUAUCAGACAGCAGAAUUAAAGACAAUACAGCAGCUAAGCAACCUCGAUGUUCAGCCUCUGUCCAGUGGAGUUGAAUGGACCAGGGACUGAGUGUUAAGCAACCUCAAGAUGUUCAGCCUCUGUCCAGUGGAGUUGAAUGGACCAGGGACUGAGUGUUAAGCAACCUCAAGAUGUUCAGCCUCUGUCCAGUGGAGUUGAAUGGACCAGGGACUGAGUGUUAAGCAACCUCAAGAUGUUCAGCCUCUGUCCAGUGGAGUUGAAUGGACCAGGGACUGAGUGUUAAGCAACCUCGAUGUUCAGCCUCUGUCCAGUGGAGUUGAAUGGACCAGGGACUGAGUGUUAAGCAACCUCGAUGUUCAGCCUCUGUCCAGUGGAGUUGAAUGGACCAGGGACUGAGUGUUAAGCAACCUCGAUGUUCAGCCUCUGUCCAGUGGAGUUGAAUGGACCAGGGACUGAGUGUUAAGCAACCUCGAUGUUCAGCCUCUGUCCAGUGGAGUUGAAUGGACCAGGGACUGAGUGUUAAGCAACCUCGAUGUUCAGCCUCUGUCCAGUGGAGUUGAAUGGACCAGGGACUGAGUGUUAAGCAACCUCAAGAUGUUCAGCCUCUGUCCAGUGGAGUUGAAUGGACCAGGGACUGAGUGUUAAGCAACCUCAAGAUGUUCAGCCUCUGUCCAGUGGAGUUGAAUGGACCAGGGACUGAGUGUUAAGCAACCUCAAGAUGUUCAGCCUCUGUCCAGUGGAGUUGAAUGGACCAGGGACUGAGUGUUAAGCAACCUCAAGAUGUUCAGCCUCUGUCCAGUGGAGUUGAAUGGACCAGGGACUGAGUGUUAAGCAACCUCAAGAUGUUCAGCCUCUGUCCAGUGGAGUUGAAUGGACCAGGGACUGAGUGUUAAGCAACCUCGAUGUUCAGCCUCUGUCCAGUGGAGUUGAAUGGACCAGGGACUGAGUGUUAAGCAACCUCGAUGUUCAGCCUCUGUCCAGUGGAGUUGAAUGAACCAGGGACUGAGUGUUAAGCAACCUCGAUGUUCAGCCUCUGUCCAGUGGAGUUGUGUUCCAUCCAUAUUUACUCAAGUUUUCUCUGUAGUCAUCGUCUAGUGGACGGACAGACUGAUCUUUCAUGCAACAUGAAAUGCAAUGCAAUGUUCUACUUCCUAUAGAUAUGUUUGUACAAGUGUAUCUAGAAAUGUACAAUAAGACCUUAGUCAAUACAAAACUUCAUCAUACAUACACCUGUGAUCAAGUCAGUAGCUAACCAUCAGUGUUGGGGAGUAAAUCAAAUAAAAGUUUAUUGGUCACGUA